AUCUUCUUCGCCAGAUUGUUCUUGGCCCGAGGGCUCUCCAUCAUCUGAGCCGCUCUCGUCGUCAAGCCCAUCUUCAUCUGCAUAUUCCCAAUCCACGCCUUCUUCGCCCAACUCGGAGCUAUCCUCAUCCUCUUCAAUAUCGCUAGGUUCUUCGUCUGAUGUUCCGUCCUCUGUUACGCCAGUGCGUAUUGGUAUAGCUUCCUCCUCGGCAUCGGGUAACGCUAAUUCAAUCUCUUCGGCUGCAGCAUCCAGAAUUUUUCUAGUUUGUUCAAACACUUGAUUGGUACCAAAUCCUUGAAGGUGAACCUUCUUCAAGUGCAACACUCUAAUAUCUCCAUCGUAUCCUUCCCCUCUUUUGCGUUUCCUCCGGUCGAGGUACUGUUUAGCAGCGGCGAGAAACGAAGAAUUAAGAUGUUUAGUGGGCUGUAGAAAAGCAACUGGGGAGGCGAGGAGGGCAGCAGGCGAUUGGGUAGCUGAGUGUAGCUCCAUCGGAGGCGGUUGGGCCGAGCUGGCGGAAAGCGUAUGAGAAGAGAUAGAUGUGUCUGGGGAGAACGAUGAAGGAGCCAUGCUAUUAUACGGUCUCCAAAAAUCCUGCAACCCUGUCUGUCUUGUGGGUUGUGUCGCGAUUGUUCUCUUGAAGCGGGCGAGAAACUUUUUGGUGGAGACUCGGCCAAGAUUUCGGUGGACCGUGCCACGCGCGCUAGUGCCACCCGCUUUUGUAUCUACGGUACUUAGGUACGUAAGCGUACCCUAUGUAUCAUCCGACUUGACAUCAAGACCAUAA